ACAGGCGGUUGAGAAUACAUAGCUUACCAGCCGGGUGGAUAUCAUCAGGAUUUCAGCACUGGAGUGGCGGAUUCUGGUCCCCCCUGCUCUGAUCGUGAGGCCCAGAGUUCCGGUAAAAUUAACCUGCUAGCAUACCAAGUAUUAAUUUCCUGUACAGCAUCUCCGCUGAGCUGCUAGUAAGAUUAAAGAGGCUGCCAGCCUCGUGAUCCCCCGACCAUUUCCGUCAUCCAGCUCUGCUCUCUCUCCCUCUCUCUCUCUCUCUCUCUGCCAAUUGCCAUCAAUCGAUCCGGAACUCCCUAAUUAUAAGCUACAGAUUGGAGACUCCAGAAUCAGAUAUAUAUACUCAAACUACAAGCAAUCGACCCCCUUCCACCCAAUCUUCUCACUCACACCAAUCAAUCAUCCACCCAAGAUGGCCGCCGCCGCAGUGAUGCCCUCGAAGAUGACCGCGCUCUACUACGAGAAGGCUCGUCACUUUUCAGUCAUCCAGGCUGACCUCCCAUCGAUCGAUGAAAAUGAGGUUUUGCUCAAAGUGUCAAUGUGCGGAGUAUGUGGAACCGACCAGCACAUUCACGAGGGAGAAUUCAUUUCCAAGUUUCCAUUAAUCCCGGGACAUGAGGUCAUCGGGACGAUCGUACAAGCCGGUUCAAAAGUUCACAGUGUCUCGAUCGGCGAUCGUGUGGUUUGCGAUGUCGGCGAAACCUGCGGCAAGUGCUUCUACUGCCAACGUGGUACUUCCCUGUUUUGUGAGAGUUUCGAAGCCCAUGGGGUGACUCUCAACGGCGGUUUUGCCGAAUAUGCAAAGUUCCACGCCGCCAAGGUAUUCCCGAUCAAGAACCUGACCGACGAGCAAGCCACCUUGGUCGAGCCUGCCUCGUGUGCCGUUCAUGGGCUCGACAAGAUCCGUCCCAAGCCCGGAAGCGAGUGCCUCUUGAUCGGCGCCGGACCAACCGGGCUCAUCCUCGCCCAACUCCUCAAAUUGAACGGGGCACAGCGUGUCGUUUUAGCUGCUAACAAAGGCAUGAAGAUGGAUAUUGCGCGCAAGAUCCAGGCGGCAGAUGAAUACAUCGAUUUGGAUCGGGCCGAUGCUGCGAAUCAAUGGGCGCAAUUGAAGAAAGAUAACCCACAUGGAUUUGAUGUGGUGGUCGAGGCUACCGGCGUGGAGUCGAUUGUCAAUGACAGUAUCAACUACGUCCGCCGUGGUGGCACUCUGCUUGUCUACGGCGUUUACGAUAAUGCUGCGCGAGUCUCUUGGUCACCAACCAAGAUUUUCUCCGAUGAAAUCAACAUCAUUGGAUCAUUUUCUCAAACAAACUGCUUCCCGCGAGCUGUUGCAUACCUUGAUUCGGGGAGGAUUCGUACCGAGGGGAUGGUGACUGAUAUCUUUAAAAUCGAAGAGUAUCAACAGGCCUUGGACAAGAUGGCCAGUCGCCAGUGCCUCAAGAUCGCCGUCAGACCUGGCCAAAAGUAGAAAAAUAGGACCGUUCUAGUCUUGUUUUGCAACACUACUCGAGUACCAAUGCUUUGGUUGGCACCAGUAUCUACCUCUGAUCAUCUGCGGUCGUAGCAGUCGCAAAAAUAAGUAGUAUUAUCCUUUGUUUUUUCAUUCAUGAAAAGUGAGUCUUGGCUGUGUUUGCUGUUCAUAAGAAAAAUUGAACAAAAUACAAAAAAAUAAAAACAUAAUAAGGUGUCAUCAAUUGAGCCUGAGGGGAAUUGAAAAUGAAGAAAUGCAAUUGUUGUUGAGAGUUCACUCAGCUAUGUCCUACUAAACUCAAUGACAUCUAAUUCCACUUGAAUUGCACUGCAGAAGA